AUUAUGUAUUUUUCGAUUGGUGGAGAAACUUUUCACACAUUUUAAACACCAAUUCCAACAAAUUCAAAUGUAUUGUUAAAUGUUAAGCGGUCGAAAAAUUUCGCGCGGCCCAAAGUGUAUAGAAACCAUUCCGAUUCGACGAUAAACCGAGUUCUCUAUUUUCUAUGUAAAGCGUCGAAAAGCCGCCCAACACUCCGCCGGCAAUAACAGCAAAAAAAUAACCACUACGGAACCAAAAAUGUUAGCACGCAAAUCACAAUUGAGUCCACGGACGCCGCCUGUCCAUGAGCGGAUCGCCCUGCAGUGUGCGAAGAACAUAAGCAAGUUGGCUGCUUCCCUGCCGAAACCGCGCACCCGAUCGGGUCAUCUGCCAGUGCUGGUAGAGCUGCGCCGUCCCGAGGAGGAUGUAGUCUAUCGCUACCAGGUGAAUCUUCCGCCAAGCUGCCUGGAUCGCGACCACCAGCAGAUGAAUGCGGCCGAGGCCAAGGCCCUCAGCCAGCAGUUGAAGCUGCCCUGCCUCGUGCACGGCCGCGCGCAGGAGGCCAGCUCUGUGCCACAGGCUCUGCUGCCGCUGGACACACUGGGCGGUGAGGCGCCCCAAUUAAUGAUGAUGCAGGAUGCAGUGCACGUGGUGCACAGUCGUCACAAGCACGAAGCCAUUGGCGAACCAGCCACCAAGGAAGCCAUCUCCACAUUCCACUAUCCGGCCUAUGCCAGUGGUGCAUCGAAGAUAACGCGCGACCAUUUCAUGGCCACGCUGCACGAGGAGCAGUCCAGUCCGUUGCAGUUCGAGCUGCUCUGGGCAGACCAGCACGAGGAGCUUGACGAAGGGGAAAAUUUGCAGCCGCAGCUGCUCAAUGCUUACGAGCCGCCGUCCAUUGAUCUACAUACCAUAGCCCAACACUUCCCGAGCAAUGGGGAGGAAGACGGAACUCCGUCGCCGCUGGAGCCAGCUAAUAGCUACAGGUUUGUUCCACCACCAAAGGCGCUGCCCAGCCGGCAUUACAUCAACAGACACCAUACCAAUAGACCACAGCAAGUAGCGCACCAGCUGCCUUCGAGCUUGAAAGCUGAACAGCUGCCCUUGAGGGUCCUCAAUGGAUACAGGCAGCAACGCAGGGCCAACAAAUUUCCCAACUACUGGGCGACCAAUAACAAUGACAAAAUGAUAUAUCAGCAAAAGAGAUUUGGAAAUAGCUACCGAGUGGCGCCGCCACAGUUAACAAGUUUUCCACCGAUUGGCCCCAAUGGCUACAAGCCGCAGCACCACGAGCCGCCAUUUUACUGUGACUUCAAGGAUUACAAUGCUAAAGAGCAGGAGCCGCGAGAACGCGAAUGUUUGCCCAAUGCCAACCCCCAGCCAUACCGGAUGGAUGGGGUGCAUCCACUUUACGCACAUCUGCCGCGCGUUGAUAAUUAUGGGCAUCACUUUGACCUGCAGCGGGAGCUGCUAUUGAGACAGAAAUUGGAGCAGGAGCUCGAUCAUCAGAGGCUGAUGGAACAGCAAAAAUACCAGCGUAUAUUUACGGAGUCGCUGAUGACAUCGCAAGUGCCGCAAGAGCUGCAGUCACUAUUCCACUGGGACUGCUGCCAUCUGUGCCACACUGCGAUGAGAACGAUGCGCAAUGCAUUGGAUCAUUACCUGUCGCGGACGCAUCUACGCCGGGUGGACUCCUGGCUGAUCCGAUACAGUUUUGUUAAGGGUAACUUGUCGGAGGAUAUGCUGCGUCAUCUGCGCAGCUCGGGACCCGCCGUUCUGCACUGUGAUCUGUGCGAUCUGAAGCUGACCUCGGUUAUCCAUGCCCGCCAGCACUUCUAUGGGCGACGCCAUCGCCUCGUGGAGCGGCACAUCAGCAAGCCAAAUGGCGAGGGCUACUAUGACAGGACCGGCCGCUGGGUUCGCACCAACGACAAGUGGCUAAUGUGCAAGCUGUGCGAUGUGAUUGUCACCUCAGAGUCCCAGCUGGCCAUACACAUGGCCGGCGUGCGCCAUCGCAAGCGCGAGCGCUCCACUUGUCCGGCAUCCAUCUCGGAGCCCUUCGAUGGCAGCCACGUGUACCGCAUCAAUGCGAACGGGUCGCUGGUGCCGCUGAAUCCGCUCGGCUACUACAUGUACGCCGGCUAUAGUAAGCCGGAUUUCCGCAAACUUAACGAUCUAAACGCCGCCUACUACUGUGAGGUGUGCAACAUAACGCUCAAUCAUCUGAAGUCGGUGAAACAACACGAGGAGGGGCGUGUACAUAGAAAGAGGCUGGAGAGGGUCACGCAAUAAGGCGGAAGAGGAGGAGUUUAUAUGAGUGGGUUUCCGUCUCAUAUUGUAUUCAGAGUAUUUAUGAAGAGAGUAAGCAGAGCCCCCAGCCCCAACCAGACAUCGGGCCGUGUGCUGUGCCGUAUUAUUAACAAUUUAUUUUUGAACUAUCUAACUUUUUCAUAUGUUUUCUAAUAGACUUUAGUAUAAUAAUAU